AUGCCGCCUAUGACAACACUCAAGGGUCAGGUAUUCGACCGCCCUCUGUUUGAAUCGGUCUUGAAGCGGCGCUUCUUCUUCACCGAGUCCUUCGAGAUAUAUCGUGUCGCCCGCAACUGGACCGGCGACAACAAAGGUCUCUACGACUAUGGCCCACCGGGCUGCGCUCUCCAGGCUAACCUCGUGGAUGCCUGGAGGAAGCAUUUUGUACUGGAAGAGAACAUGCUCGAGAUCGACUGCAGCGUCGUCACCCCGGAACCGGUCCUAAAGACUAGCGGCCACGUCGACAAAUUCGCUGAUUGGAUGUGUAAAGAUCCUGUAAGGGGCGAGUAUCUGAGAGCCGAUCAUCUUGUUGAGAAUGUGCUCGAGACGCGGCUAGCCACCGGAGUCAAGGGCCCGGAUCGGGACUCCCAAAAGUUGAGUGAAGCCACCGUGUCCGAGUACAACAAUGUUCUCGCCAAGAUCGACAACUACGACGGCGACCAGUUGGGUGAACUCAUAAAACGGCUCGAUAUCCGCAACCCUCUUGGAAAUGGAGAAGUCCUCCCUCCAGUUCCCUUCAAUCUUAUGUUCAAAUCCACCGUUGGACCAAGCUCAGCAGCUCCUGUAUACCUACGUCCUGAAACCGCGCAGGGCCAGUUUCUAAACUUCAAGAAGCUUCUGGACUAUAAUCAGGGCUUGAUACCUUUCGCCUCCGCAAGCGUUGGUAAAUCCUAUAGGAACGAAAUUUCUCCCAGGUCUGGUCUGCUCCGGGUGAGGGAGUUCCUCAUGGCUGAAAUAGAGCACUAUACCGACCCAGACAAGAAAGAUCACAGACGAUUCUCUGAAGUCACAGGUAUCGAGUUACCGUUGCUCGAUAGAGCCACUCAGCUUGCUGGCAAAACAGCGCCAAAGAUCUUGACCGUGCAGGAGGCUGUGGAAGCAAAAAUGAUCGAUAAUCAAACUCUGGGCUAUUUUCUGGCUCGAAUCAUGCUCUUCCUUCUCAAGAUAGGAGUCGACCGGUCGAAGAUCCGGUUCAGACAGCACUUAGCAAACGAAAUGGCUCAUUAUGCUUGUGACUGCUGGGACGCAGAGCUUCUGACCAGUUACGGCUGGAUCGAAUGCGUGGGCUGCGCGGACAGAAGCGCGUAUGACCUUACCGUCCACUCGAAGUUUACGGGCACCGACUUGAAAGUCAAAGAAAGCCUCCACGGUGGCUCUAUCAAGAAAGAUAUAUGGGAAGCAACGCUGGACAAGAAGCUUGUUGGCCCAAGGUUCAAGAAGGAUGCCAAAAUCGUCCAAGAGAGCGUUGCCGCACUUGAUCAGUCCAAACUAGAGAUGCUGGCUGAAGAACUCGAUAAUAAGGGUGUAGUGACGGUUGACACAUCAACACCGUUGGCUGAUGGGGCGACAUCAGUGGCGCUUUCACAGGACCUUCUAACCAUCAAGAAAGAGACGCGUGUGCAAACGACACGAGAGUAUACGCCGAAUGUGAUCGAACCGUCAUUCGGUAUUGGCCGUAUCUUGUACAGUCUUCUGGAACAUGUGUACUGGAAUCGACCACAGGAUACUGCAAGAGCAGUUCUGUCGCUGCCUCUCGCCGUGGCGCCUACAAAGGUGCUCAUAGUUCCUAUUUCGGCGCAGCCACAAUUCAGCACCAUCAUAAAAAAGCUGUCAGCCCGGCUGAGGAAGCUUGGUAUCUCUAACAAUGUCGACUCUUCUGGUGCCUCGAUUGGAAAACGUUACGCUCGCAAUGAUGAGCUCGGCACCCCCCUCGGUAUCACUGUUGAUUUUGACACUGUGGCGAACGGGUCGCUCACCCUGAGGGACCGUGACAGCACAUCACAAGUCCGCGGUUCAGAGGAUGAUGUGAUUAUGGCCGUAAAGGAUAUGGUUGACGGCACACAAACAUGGAAUGAUGUAGCGAAGCGCCUGCCCCCUUUCACAGGCCAAGGCCAGGAAGACUGA